GGCUGGGAUUGCAGCCUGGGCGAUAGUGCAAGACUCCUUCUCAGAAAACAAACAAACAAACAAACAAACAAACCAAGCCUGACCUGCACUGAGAUCUCCAGGACGUCACACUGGGCAUGAGGGCUGGGUCUGUCCAUGCCUGGGACCACCCAAAGUCCUUUGCAGCAGAGCGGCCAUCUGGUUGGGGUGAAGCUGAUGGAGCCUGCCACUGUGGCUGAGAGUGGGGUGUUGGCUGGGGGUCAGGGUGACCCUGCAGGGCCAUCCCAGCCUGGCUGACGCCCAACAUGGGCUGGUGUAGAAGGAACCUGGCCCCGAGGCUCCAGGCCCUGGCUAGAGGAAGCAGGGACUCUUCAGGCUGGGUCCUCUCGUCUUCCUGGAGCGGGUGCCAGCCCCCAGCCUGCUUGCGUCAGGGACAAAAGGACUCCUUUCCUUUCCAGCCUGGAAAGCCCCUCUGCUGCAGCCUGGAGGAAGGGACCCCGGGCCUAGCCUAUAGUCAGAGGCGUCUAUGGGCAUGGAUCCGGACAGGGAAAAGGAGAAAGCAGCCUCCAUCCACAGUUCACUCUGGGACCAGGCCCUUGCAGGCACGCGCUGGGCUCCUGUGGGAAGGCUAAGGGCCCCAGGACAGACCUCCUCUCCGGGCGUCUGGGUUCCUAGAUGGCAGAGGUGGCAGAGUGGGGUGGGGUGGCCCGAUUGGGAGCCGUAGCCUCUGGCGAAGAGCUGAGCACAGCACAUCUGCAAUGUGUAAGAUUCUCCUGGGAGACCAGGGCCCAGCUGGUGGUGAGCUGGGGGAAGUGGGUGAUCCUGCGGUGGGAGGAGCCAUCUGGCCGUCUGGGGAAGUGUGCUUGCUGUCUGCAGCGCCCAGGCCUGGGUAGCUGGGUGGGGGCUGGGGGGCCAUCUCCGCUCAGGGUGCCCGCACCUGGGCCUUCCCUGCCCUAGGCCAAGCCUGCCUGUGCCUCCCCAUCCUCUGCCUGCCCAGCUGGACAUCUCUGGGCCUCUCUGGAGACCAGUGGGGUGGGCUGGGGGGGCGUUGUAUUGGCCUGGCUUGGCACCCCUCUUGUGGCUGUACCCCUCCCAGCAGCCCCAGGACUAGCAAGUCCCCGAGAUGGGGGUGGGGACAGUGGUUGAUGCCAAAGGUUGUGGGGGCAGGGGCGGGGCAGGAGCAGGAAGGUCCCCUGAGUUCCCUCACCUUGGGCAGAGAUAAAAGGAGCACAGUUCCAGGCGGGGCUGAGCCAGGGCGCAGCUGUGAUUUCAGGGCAUCUCUGGCGGCUGCUGUGAUUUGAGAAUCUCGGGUGUCUUAGCUGACUGAUUCUGGGAGACCGUGGAUGAAUAAUGCUGCCCCCAGAGCUGCCGGGCGACACCUGCACCCGCUACGGCAUCACCCGCUGCCACCUGAGUGCCAACCGAAGCCUGCUGGCCAGCGCCGACGCUGUGGUCUUCCACCACCGCGAGCUGCAGACCCGGCGGUCCCACCUGCCCCUGGCCCAGCGGCCACAAGGACAGCCCUGGGUGUGGGCCUCCAUGGAGUCACCUAGCCACACCCACGGCCUCAGCCGCCUCCGAGGCAUCUUCAACUGGGUGCUGAGCUACCGGCGUGACUCGGACAUCUUUGUGCCCUAUGGCCGCCUGGAGCCCCACUCGGGGCCCUUGCCACCACUGCCAACCAAGAGCAGGGUGGCCGCCUGGGUGGUCAGCAACUUCCAGGAGCGGCAGCUGCGUGCCAGGCUGUACCGGCAGCUGGUGCCUCACCUGCGGGUGGACGUCUUUGGCCGUGCCAAUGGACGGCCGCUGUGCACCAGCUGCCUGGUGCCCACCGUGGCCCGGUACCGCUUCUACCUGUCCUUUGAGAACUCUCAGCACCGUGACUACAUUACAGAGAAAUUCUGGCGCAAUGCACUUGUGGCUGGCACUGUGCCGGUGGUGCUGGGGCCCCCACGGGCCACCUACGAGGCCUUCGCGCCGGCCGACGCCUUUGUACAUGUGGAUGACUUUGGCUCAGCCCAAGAGCUGGCGGCUUUCCUCACCGGCAUGAAUGAGAGCCGAUACCGACGCUUCUUUGCCUGGCGUGACAGGCUGCGCGUGCGACUCUUCACUGACUGGCGGGAGCGCUUCUGUGCCAUCUGUGACCGCUACCCGCACCUGCCCCGCAACCAGGUCUAUGAGGACCUUGAGGGCUGGUUUCAGGCCUGAGCUCUGCUGGCCGGGGGAGGUGGGUGUGGGUGGAAGGGCUGGGUGUCGAAAUCAAACCACCAGGCAUCCGGCCCUUACUGGCAAGCAGCGGGCUAACAGGAGGCUGGGGACAGAGGUCAGGAAGCAGGGGUGGGGGGUGCAGGUAGGCACUGGAGCAGGCAGAGGAGGUGAGAGCAGGAGGGAGGUAACGGGUGCCCACUGCGGCAGACGAGAGGGGAAAGGCUGAGGAGGACCCUCUCCACCCUGAACAAAUCUUGGGUGGGUCAAGGCCUCGCUGGAAGAGGGUAAAAGGCAGGGCCCUUGGGGCUGGGGACACCCCAGGCUGCAUUUUGUGGGGGCCAAACCUGGGACCCCAAACUUCCUCUGUAGCAGAGGCACUGUGGUCCCUGGGACACAGGCACGGGUCCCUGGCACAUCCACAGUUCUGAGGUCCCUGUGUGUAGGCUGGGGCGGGGCCCAGGAGACCAAGGGGAGCAAACCAGCUUGUUCUGGGUUUAGGGAGGGAGGGCGGUAGACAAUAAAGGUCUGACCAGUGCCUCGUGGGUCACCUCCGUGCAGGGCCACAGAACCUGUGUCUGCCCUCCCUGACAUGUCGCCCCCACGGCCAUGGGGCUGCUUGUUCCCCACCGGGGAUCCUGUCUCCUGACCUCGGGGCUUUUGCUUACCCUCCAUCUGAGAGCUCUCCCUGUGCCGGGCUACCCGCUGGCUCCUCCAGCUCCUACAGCCUCCACCAAACAGCCCCUUAUCAGAGAGCCUUCCGUGGCCUCCAAAAGGCCAAGGCGAUGAGCCCAAGAAUUCAAGACCAGCCUGGGCAGUGUAGUGAAACCUC